UUUAUUAGAUUCUCUUCAAAAAUCUAACCUAGUUACUGAACUAGUGUGAAAAAAAUCAGGUGUUUUAUACACAAAAGUCUUUUAUUCUUCUUUUGAAAUAGUCUGACCAACUUUUCAAUUGAAAACAGACUUAGAAACCUCUUAAUUGAAACAGUCUGACCAACUUUUCAAUUCAAAAGAGUUUAAUAAAUAUCUCAAUUGAAUUAGUCUGACCAACUUUUCAUUGAGUAAGAACAAUGAGUUCAAAAGUACACUCAGUUGAUGUGGAAAAAGAUGCUUUCUCAAAUGCUAUUCCUGAGAUUGAAAUUCUGAAGAGAAGAAAGAAAGAAGAGAUAGAGAAACAACAAGUUCUUGAAAUACAGGAACUUGAAAAAGCAAGUAAAAUUCUUGAAAAGCAGUGUCUGAGUGAGAUGAAUGAAGAAGUUCUGUUAAUUCUUCAUGCUCAGACUAGACAACUACAGGAAGUGAUCAAGUUCAAACUUGGAAUUUCAAACACAGUUCAAAAAACUUUGAAAAUUUCUAAUACAAUCACUGACUCUUCAAAGAAAACAUAUGCUCAAGCAGCUGAAUCUGCUGUCUCUAAACCUGCUGUCUCUAAACCUACUGUCUCAAAACCUGCUCAAAAUUCUGAGAAAACUGAGAAGAAUACUGCUCAUGCCUCUAUUCAUAGAAAAGUGGAAAAGAAAAUGCAAAAAGAGAAAAACUUCCAAAUCUCCAGAAAUAGAAGACUUAUUCUCAAAGUCUCAAACCAGGACAUUCUGCAAAGAAACAAGCUAAACUCAAAUCUCAUUUUCAGAAUCAGAAAUGAAAUUAACCAGCAGUUCUUUUCUCAGUUAAUGACUGAUAUUGAAGUUCAAAAACCAGUUAUAGCUUCAAUUGAACCAUCAUUCUUUGGAAACUCCAUCAUUCUGACUACAAUGCCUGAAUUCAGUGCUGAAUUCCUUAUUCAGAAUGAGAAUCUCUGGAAGUCAGCAGUAGAAUCUUUGUUAAACACAACAAUUCUAUCUGAAAGAGAUGAAAAGUGGGGCAAAUUCAUUCUUCAUGAUAUUCCAGUUGAAAUUUUUGACUGUGAAGAAGGAAUGCUACUUCUCAAAAAUGAAUUGGAAGAAUACAACUCUAUUCAACUGAGAAAGGAGCCUUCAAAGAUCUCUGAAGUAAGAGUAGCAGAGACUCAAAAUGUGCAUUCUGUGCCAGAGAUCACAAAACUAGUGAGCAUAAAUGUGAAACAUGCUCAAAAAGAGGUGAAAUUUGUCAACACACUCUGCUUAAGUGCUCUAAUUGCAAAGAAAAACAUGCAUCUAGCUCAAAAGAAUAACUGGAGAAAAGAUGAAGCUCAAAGUCAAUCUAGAACUGAAGAGAAGAGUCAAGCCAGUAAACUCACAACUGCAAGCUCAAAAAGAAGAAACUCUCAACUAUCUAAGUCUUCAAACUUCAACUCUCCAGCUAAAUGUAAACAGAACUUGAAUCCUCAAACUCCUGUUAAGAUUAGAGAAUUGAGAAAUGACUCUGGUGAUAAACUAGAUAUAAUGCAAGCAGUUGAGAUUUCUACUUUUCAGAACAGUUAUAAUCUACUAUCUGAUGAUAGUGAUUAG